CUCAGAAGCACAGACUGUAGAGUAUCUUUUUAAGCAUUUUUAAAAAAUGUUUUUAAUGCAUCAUACACUAUUUUAACACUUUUAAUUUGAGAAGAAGCAUAUGAGGCAUGGUAUUUUAGGAAUGAACAAAUAGAUGGUCUUAGAGAUUCAGUAAGUUCACUAAGGUCCACUAACUAAUAAGUGACAAAACUGAGCAUCCAUCCCAGAUCUGUCUGACUCUGGGUCAGUGACCCUGCUCCGAUUCCAUACUGUUUUCUGUCAUUAGAUAUCACCUGGCAAGUUUCUGCCUAAUUAAGGAGAAGUCUUUUAUCAUAUUUAUACUGCUGUUCAAUCUUUUCUAUAUUCAGAAAUAAUAAUGUACAUAUUUAUCUAUGGUUUUAUUUUCUUAUACACCAAAAGUCCUGCUUUUCUGGGUCAAUUUUCAACUAUUAUUACUAAUGUUCUGAUCUGUCCAAACUCAAGCGGAAAACAAAAUUGAAAGGGCAACCUGUGCCUUCUCCUUUCUUCAGAACAUAUGACUUUCAUUUCCCAGAAAAAAGAUUAAUGGUCCUGAGUAGGAAUAUUACAUAAUUUUGAUUGCAUCAUUAGUUAAUUAUUUUCUUCAUAUUGUAGAUUUUCUGCAGUCACCCAUACUUAACAUUUGUAAUACAUUUUCCUGAUUUGAAAGUUUGUUUUUAAAAGUUUUCUAUUAAUUAUAGUGCACUAUUGAAUCAGGAAAAUUUAAGAAAAAGAAUAGUUAGUUUUAAAUGCAUAAUAUCAAAGAGAAUCAUAGAUGAUCAUUAAAUUUUUAGAAAUUCUCUGAAGUUAAGGAGAAGCACUGUUUUUUAUAAAAAUUUACAACUGAUUUUUAUUUUUAAAAUAUCUAGAUAAUUUUUGCAUGGUUGUGUUCUGAAAAUAUUAUAAACUAGUGCUGGUAACUCUAAUAAAGGUAGUAUUACUAUAUAUCACUGGUGGGAUAGAAUCUAGAGGCAAAAAACCUCACAGCAGUAAAAUCUUAAAAUGCUUUCAUGGUCUUAGGGUAAAAUUAUCUAAUUUCUCCAACAAAUAAAUAGCAUGAAAAACAGGAGGAGAGAAGUCUACAGUAGGAAAGAUCUUACGAGAUCUACCAAUCAAACGUAAUGUGUGGAUCUUGUCUGGAUCUUCAUUCAAACAUCAGCAAUGACUUUGAAACACUUGGAAGAGUUUGAAUAUAGAUGGGUAUUAAGUAAUAUUAACUUAAUUUUUUAGGUAUAAUAAUGGCAUUGUACUUAAGGGUAUUUUUAGAGUCACUUAAAGUUAUUAUGCAUUUAAAGAAAUGUACAAUGAAAUAUUUGUGGGUGAAAAUUCAGUUUGUCUGGAACGUAAAGAUGUUGGAGGGAUAGCGUCAAGAAUUAUGGCAAGACAUUGAUAAUAGUUGAUGCUAGUACUGAGUAAUUGCAGGUUAAUUUUACUCCUCUCCUUUUAUGAGAUAUGAAAAAUAUCAAAAUAAAAGCUUUUUAAAAUUGAUGCUAUUAGAAGAGAAAUAGAGGUAACAAAAAAGGACACACUUCCCCAGAAAUAAAAUCAUCACUGCUGUUACACAUUUUGUCUCUAUUUAGACAAGCUCUCCAGCCUUUCCUUGUUUACCUUCACUGUUUGACAUAACUUCUCUACCUGAGAUAUUCAUGUUCCUGUACUAUUCUACCAUGUAAUUUUGAGGUGUUUUUCUAGUUAUAGCAAUGGAUUUAUGCAGAGUCACCUACCUGGUGGUAUCAAAUUGCCAUAUACCGGGUACACAGUUUAUUUUUAAGCUUAAUCUCUCUUUGAAUCAGUUUCCUCAUGUGUAAGGUGGGGAAUUCACAACAGCCCUAUGUGGUAGGUGCUAUUAUUAUCCUCAUUUUACAGAUGAGGAAACUAAAGCAGAGAGAUUAAAUAAGUUGUUCGAGGUCACAGCUACUAAUUAUUCCUAUGGUUCAUGGAAAUAAAACUAUAAAGAUCUAAAUGUUGCCCAUGAUAACUACAAUUAUAUUUGAAAUUCUUUUUGCCAAGCUAGACUGUUACCUAAAUAUUUCCUUUUUGCCCAAAACUCAGUUAGCAUUGUUGAAAGACUAACGCAACUUCUCCUUCGGACAGUUGUCUGCUCAGUAACGUCCGGCGAUAUUAACGGUGGUGUUGUAACUUUACAUAGUCCCAGGGUACACACAGGCAGAGUUGGGAAUAUUACAUCUGUUAUCAUCCCACAAAAUGUAAGAUCCUGUGAGGACGCGUGGUGGCGCUGCAGGAUAAGAAGGUACAAACCAGAACCGCAGCUGCAGCUCCAUUAACCGGCAAAAAGCAGCAGAACCUGGAAGUCCACGGGGAGCUUGGAUGCCAAAGGGAGGACGGCUGGGUCCUCUGAGAUGACUACUCACUGGCAUAUUUCUGAGAUAUCUGUAGAAUAACCACAGCCUCAGAUACUGGGGACUUUACAGUCCCACAGAACCGUCCUCCCAGGAAGCUGAAUCCAGCAAGAAUAAUGGAGGCCAGCGGGAAGCUCAUUUGCAGACAAAGGCAAGUCCUUUUUUCCUUUCUCCUUUUGGGCUUAUCUCUGGCGGGCGCGGCGGAACCUAGAAGCUAUUCUGUGGUGGAGGAAACUGAGGGCAGCUCCUUUGUCACCAAUUUAGCAAAGGACCUGGGUCUGGAGCAGAGGGAAUUCUCCAGGCGGGGGGUUAGGGUUGUUUCCAGAGGGAACAAACUACAUUUGCAGCUCAAUCAGGAGACCGGGGAUUUGUUGCUAAAUGAGAAAUUGGACCGUGAGGAUCUGUGCGGUCACACAGAGCCCUGUGUGCUACGUUUCCAAGUGUUGCUAGAGAGUCCCUUCGAGUUUUUUCAAGCUGAGCUGCAAGUAAUAGACAUAAACGACCACUCUCCAGUAUUUCUGGACAAACAAAUGUUGGUGAAAGUGUCAGAGAGCAGUCCUCCUGGGACUGCGUUUCCUCUGAAGAAUGCCGAAGACUUAGAUGUAGGCCAAAACAAUAUUGAGAACUAUAUAAUCAGCCCCAACUCCUAUUUUCGGGUCCUCACCCGCAAACGCAGUGAUGGCAGGAAAUACCCACAGCUGGUGCUGGACAAAGCGCUGGACCGAGAGGAAGAAGCUGAGCUCAGGUUAACACUCACAGCACUGGAUGGUGGCUCUCCGCCCAGAUCUGGCACUGCUCAGGUCUACAUUGAAGUUGUGGAUGUCAACGAUAAUGCCCCUGAAUUUGAGCAGCCUUUCUAUAGGGUGCAGAUCUCUGAGGACAGUCCGGUAGGCUUCCUGGUUGUGAAGGUCUCUGCCACGGAUGUAGACACAGGAGUCAACGGAGAGAUUUCCUAUUCACUUUUCCAAGCUUCAGAUGAGGUAAGCAAAACUUUUAAGGUCGAUUUCUUGACAGGAGAAAUUCGACUAAAGAAACAACUUGAUUUCGAAAAAUUUCAGUCCUAUGAAGUCAAUAUCGAGGCGAGAGAUGCUGGAGGCUUUUCUGGAAAAUGCACCGUUCUGAUUCAAGUGAUAGAUGUGAACGACCAUGCCCCAGAAGUUACCAUGUCUGCAUUUACCAGCCCAAUACCUGAGAACGCGCCUGAAACUGUGGUUGCACUUUUCAGUGUUUCAGACCUUGAUUCAGAAGAAAAUGGGAAAAUAAUUUGCUCCAUUCAGGAGGAUCUACCCUUCCUCCUGAAAUCUUCUGUGGGGAACUUUUACACUCUACUAACAGAGACACCACUAGACAGAGAAAGCAGAGCCGAGUACAACGUCAGUAUCACCGUCACUGACUUAGGGACACCCAGGCUGACAACACACCUCAAUAUGACCGUGCUGGUGUCGGACGUCAAUGACAACGCCCCCGCCUUCACCCAAACCUCCUACACCCUGUUCGUUCGCGAGAACAAUAGCCCCGCCAUGCACAUUGGCAGCGUCAGCGCCACAGACAGAGACUCAGGCACUAACGCUCAGGUCACCUACUCGCUGCUGCCGCCCCAGAACCCGCACCUGCCCCUCACCUCCCUGGUCUCCAUCAACGCAGACAACGGCCACCUGUUCGCCCUCAGGUCCCUGGACUACGAGGCCCUGCAGGCGUUCGAGUUCCGGGUGGGCGCUUCAGACCGCGGCUCCCCGGCUUUGAGCAGCGAGGCGCUGGUGCGCGUGCUGGUGCUGGACGCCAACGACAACUCGCCCUUCGUGCUGUACCCGCUGCAGAACGGCUCCGCGCCCUGCACCGAGCUGGUGCCCCGGGCGGCCGAGCCGGGCUACCUGGUGACCAAGGUGGUGGCUGUGGACGGCGACUCGGGCCAGAACGCCUGGCUGUCGUACCAGCUGCUGAAGGCCACGGAGCCCGGGCUGUUCGGCGUGUGGGCGCACAAUGGCGAGGUGCGCACUGCCAGGCUGCUGAGCGAGCGCGACGCAGCCAAGCACAGGCUGGUGGUGCUGGUCAAGGACAACGGAGAGCCUCCGCGCUCGGCCACCGCCACGCUGCACGUGCUCCUAGUGGACGGCUUCUCCCAGCCCUUCCUGCCGCUUCCGGAGGCUGCCCCAGCCCAGGGCCAGGGCGACUCUCUCACCGUCUACUUGGUGGUGGCGUUGGCCUCGGUGUCUUCGCUCUUCCUCUUCUCGGUGCUCCUGUUCGUGGCGGUGCGGCUGUGCAGGAGGAGCAGGGCGGCCUCUGUGGGUCGCUGCUCAGUGCCCGAGGGCCCCUUUCCAGGGCAUCUGGUGGACGUGAGGGGCACCGGGAGCCUGUCUCAGAACUAUCAGUACGAGGUGUGCCUGGCAGCAGGCUCAGGGACGAAUGAGUUCCAGUUCCUGAAACCAGUAUUACCUAAUAUUCAGGGCCAUUCUUUUGGGCCAGAAAUGGAAGAAAACUCUAACUUUAGGAAUGGCUUUGGUUUCAGCCUUCAGUUAAAGUAAUUGUUUUCAUAUUAUAUAUUUUAAUUUUUAUGAUCAAUUCAAAGUAAUGGUUUUCUGUCAACAUAGCAUGAAUUUUAAAUUACACUACAUUUGCCAAUAGUAUUUGUCUUGUUUUCACUGUUUUAAAAUAUGAUAUCUCAUCUUCAUUAGUAUAUCCAGUGGACUCUAAUCAUAAUUCUUUAACAGUGCAAUUUUCAUUAAAAUGUACAUAGUAAAAUGCACAGAUCUGAAGUGAAGAAAUUAAUGUAACUGAUCUUUUUAAGCCUUUAUUUUUUGAUUUCUAAUCUAGCUAAAAUUUAGUUAAAAGUGGUGUAGAGAAUGUUUUACAUUUAUUGCCUUUUAAAUGUUUCCCCAUAUCCUAAGGGAGUUGACAUAUUAUCCCCUUUUUUAAAUAUGAGAAAAGUGAGGCUUAGAAAGGUAACUUGGCUGUGAUCUGUGGCUCACACCUGUAAUCAUAACACUUUGAGAGGCUGAGGCAAGCUGAACCCUUUGAGCUCAGUAGUUCGAGACCAGCCUGGGCAAUGGGGCAAAACACUGACACUAACAAAAAUACAAAAAUUAGCCAGGUGUGAUUGUGAACCUGUAGUCUCAGCUACUCAGGAGGCUGAGGUAAGAGGAUCCCCUGAGCCCAGGAGACAGAGACUGCAGUGAGCCAAGAUUGUGCCAUUGCACUCCAGGCUGGGUGACAGAGUGAGACCUCAUCCCCCCCACAAAAAACGAUUAACUUUCUUAUAAUUCUGAAGUAAUAAAGGUAAAAAUUUAAAAGAUAAUCUAAGUCUAACCAAUAUGCUAUAUGGUCAGGCAUUAACUGAUAGCAUUGUUUUUCUAACUAAGGAAGUGAAAUUUAUGUUAUUUCUACUACUACUCCAUGAACUAAGCUCUCAUGUGAAAAUAUAAGUUUUAGUUUAUAGUUUGUUUAUACUACUCUGCACAAAUAUACCCAUGUUCUGAUCGAAGCUCUAAGUAUGCUGGGACAGAUACUACAAAUGAACUUUAUGAUGAGCGAAUUAACCUGAUUUAUAGUCCUGUACUUUCUCUGCAUGCCAUAUCCAUUAUUAAAGAAAUGAGUCUAAGUAGGAAGUAGAGUUAACCUAUAGUUGCAUUUCUUGAAUUUCUUAUUCUCUUUCUUCAGUCUUUUUCGGUUAACCUACACACACACACGCACACACACACACACACACAAACAUAUGUUUAUAAGUGGGAUGGGAGAUGGGUACGGUGAUAAUUAAAAGAGGUAAGGUUUCUCUUGAGAUGAAAAUGUUCUAAAAUUGUGAUGGCAGAUGCACACCUCUGAAUAUAUUAAAAGCCAUUGAAAUGAAAAAAGGGUGGGGGGAAUCCAAAAGUGCAGCAGACCCAACCUUGAGAUUUGCUUGUUUGGGAAUGAAUUUUCCAAUAACUUGAAAGUUGUAAAAACUCACAGUUCUCAGGGUUAGGUGUCAGAAAGAAAACGAAGUAAUUUAUUCUUUAAUAAAGCAAUUGUUAAAUACUCUUUAGAACUACCACUGAUUGCAAUUUUGCAGUGUCUACUCAUAGUGUCUAUAAAGGUACCAUGAAAAAGAUGUACUUGUGAAACUGUUCUCAUGUUACUUCAGAAACAUUUUGCUUCUAAGUGUGUAUUCUAUCUCUGGUUAAAUGUUCAUUGAAUUUUAUUUAAUCAUUAAUCUCAACAGCAUUAAACAGUCAAUAACAUAAA